AAUUUUGAUUUGUUGCAAAUAAUCAUGAAGAAAUUAAAUACUGUCGUUUCAUAUAACAGUGGCACGUCUUCGGAGACUAGUGAAACCCAGAGUGUUGAGGAAAAUCAACAAAGCGAUAGUGUUACACCAAGUGGCACGAAUACGCCACCGAUACAAAAUUCUGGCAGUAGAAUUCCCAAGAGUUGGAAACGUAUGAAGGAUUCAAGCCAAGAUAAAGAUGCCGAAUCAAAACGGCCACCAUGGCGGGCUGUUAGCAUUUCAACUUUGCCCAAACCGGAUAAAAAUGCCCUUUUAAGGGCAAAGCUAUUGGAUGCUUCUAGACGAUUAAGGGCAACUAAAACUGCAGUAGGUGUACAAACCGAUAUAGUACCCACAAAAUUAAUGAAAGAAGUUAGCCUAGGAGCUCAAACGGAUUUAAUAUUAUUAAAAGAAGUUGGUAUGCUAACAGAUGGAUCAUAUGCUAAACGAAGAGAUGGGACAGAGGAAUAUAUUUUAACUUAUUCGGUACCACUUAUGACCGAUACCAUUGAAACGGCUAAUGUAGCAACCCAAACUUUAAUACCCCGACUACCAGGUGAUGCUUUUCUUGAAGCAUGCACCAAACCAACUGAACCAUAUGAUCCGAAAUUAUUACAGCAAUGUUCCGAUUCUGAAAGAAGAUUACUAAAGCAAUUGGCAAAAAUACGAAAAUCAGUAAUACCGUUAACAGCAAAAUUCAACGAAUGUCUCGGCGAUGAAGAACCAAAGGAAAAUGAUUCGCCCACAGAUACGGAUACCGAUAACACCACAGAUACCAUUAAGUCUAUGGGCUCAAAGCAUUCACUCGAUUCUAACGAUUUAUAUCCCUACACUACUUACCGAUCUAGUUUGCUUAAACCUACACAUCAGUCGUGGUAUUUUGAAUAUGAUAAUGAGUUAUCAUGCGAAAAUAAAUUUCAUCCCUAUACCAUAACGCCCAACAAACCUUGGAAUAGUUUUAUGCCAUUAACAUUAACAAGACCGUAUGCCGAUUUAGAUUUAAAUCUAUUGUUAAUGGCAAUAGAUGAAUUAAUACAAGAAUCUAAUCGCCUAGCUGAUCGAAUUGAAGUGAUGUCAAAAAAACGUGAUCGUGUCAUCUCGGCACCACAAAUGUUCGGUUUUAAGGAAAAAGUUAAAGAAUUUGUACCAAUUGUUUAUGAACCACCCUCGGAAUAUUGGCUACCCAUAAUCGAGGAACAGGAGAAAGUAUUGGCUGAAUUGAAAAGUUUCAAAGGGGCUGACAUUAAGAAAUACGAAGAAUAUAUUGAAAAGUUAGAUUAAACUAAUUACACUGGUGGGCCGCGUUUUUGCCACACAAACUACCUAUCAGAGUUGUGUUUUAACUAUAUAUUCUGAUACACUUAUGUAUUUUGUUUGAAUUACCCUCACAAUAUUUGUAAAAAGGUCAAAGUUAA